UAUUUACACCAACUUCCUCAAUUCCCCCAUCUCUCCCAACCUCUCUCUCUCUCUCUCUCUCUCGGCAUUUCCCAUGGAGGAGGCUCAAACACUAACCAAGAAGCAUACUUUCUGCUCAAACUUUCCAGCAAUCCACAGAGACUCACAGAUAAUAUCAAAAUUCAAGCCCAAAAUCCGAAUUAUUCACAUAUUUGCCCCAGAGAUCAUCAAGACUGACGUGGCAAACUUCAGGGAGCUGGUUCAGAGACUCACUGGAAAACCAUCGGAAAACGGCGGCUGCAGCAACAGGAGGAACAACAAGAAAAACCCAACAAGUAUACCUAGCAGAGAAGAACCCAAACCCAGCAAAAAGAAUGCAUUGAUCAUGGCUGACAAGAUGAGAGAUGGGUGCAGGGGAUUUGUGGACCAAUCGAGAGACAGGGUUAAGGGAGCAGAAGGGCUGAUGUGGAAUGCAGAAAACUCUGGUGGGUUUCUUGAGAGAUUUGCAGACUUGGAGGGGUUUAUUCAGGAAUUUGGUGGUGAGCUUCCUUUGCCGCCCACUUUGGAUGCUCCAAAUUCUCACCUCCUGCAUGGUUUUGAAGGAACCCAACUUGUCUAGAAGGUCAAAAAAUCAAUAUUUUCUGUGGAAUUCUCACCCCAAAAAAAGAAAAAGAAAAAAAGAUGUAUGGUUUUGAUCAGAGUAGUCUGAAAUAUUUUGUUUAAUUUUCUUGGGAUUUUAGAGGGUUUUAACUUAAUUCUAGUGAAAUUACUUUGUCUA